AUGUUUUCUCCAGUUUUAUUGGACAAGGUAUCAUCAAAGAUGAUAUCCUAGGCAUGAUGGAGCAGUUUGGUUUAAUUGCUAAGUUCUCUGUUUCUCCAAAUAAUGUGAAGUACUUUGUACCAGCUCAGCUGAAGUCAUCACCCGACAAGCUCGUAAAGUUGAAGCCAUCAUCAACUGAUCCAUGUCCAGUGUAUCUUCUCUUCAUGCAUGGCUUUGUCCCACAUGGUCUGUUCUUACACCUUGUCUCACGAUCCAUUCGUUGGUGUGCUGCAACAUGGCCACACAUGCAUCAACCUACCCUGUACCAAAAUGGAGCACGGUUCAUGAUUGGGAAAGGUAUUCAUGAUUUUGUCCUCAUUUGCAAAACAGGAUUCAUCAAGAUAAUAUUGCGACGAAAGAAGCAAAGUUAUCAGGUUGUGGGUCAGAACACAGCUGAAUUAGCAACUUUCGUUCGUGAAUUUCUUGAAGCAACUCUACAGGCUUUGCCUCAGGAACUGCCCUACCUGAGGGGACUGCAGUAUAAGCUGUGUGUUGCUUGUCCAUAUUGUCAUCAAGGGACAGAGGAACCACUUCAACCAUGCUCAGACUACAUCAAAACCACUUGCACACACAAGGACUGCUUUCAUCUUGUUGAUGCAAAUAAGGGUAACCCAACAAUGUGUAGUCGAGAUAUCUGGGAUGAAGAACUCACCAUCAGUGGACUUCAAAAGUGGUUCUCGAGAGGAACAAACCAGGGGUCUUGGUCUUCAAAUGUCACCGCCAAAUCACAGGGUGCAGCAGCUGAAAUUAUUCCAAUUACGUCUAACACAGCACUGAGGGUGACUCUUCUGGGCAGUGAAUGGAGUUCGUCAAUGGGAGGCUUGUCCACCAUAAACAGACAACUUGCCAUUCUGUUGGCCAAACAUCCGCAAGUGGACGUCACACUCCUAGUCCCACAGUUUGCUUGUUCUGAAGAAGAGAGGAGAAUGGCAUCGGGUCACAAUGUAUCCUUGAGGGAGGCACAGAGACGCCCGGGUUAUGCCGACCCCCUUGACUGGCUGAGUGCCCCACCGAGAGAUCUGGCCAUUGACAUAGUACUGGGUCAUGGAGCA